AAAGGGGGGGAGGGGUGGGGGAAAAAAAGACAAAAUAAGGCAAGGAAGAAAUCGGAAGGUUCAAGAAGGAACCAAGAAAACUUUCCACCCUGGAUUCUCUACUUUUGAUCCAUGGACAGAGCCCGGCUCAGCCAAGUUACGGACAGACCAUAAGCAGUCCUUGCUCCUUUUAUUGUGAUCUUCCUGUGGGAACGCUGUCUCCAACUCCGAGUAGCAUGGACCGGAGAAGCGAGAGUCCCUGCCUGAGGGAGAGCCCGGACAGAGGGAGUGGCAGCCCUGAAGUCAAGGGUCCUCCCCCAGUGAAGGUGGCCCGGCUGGAACAGAAUGGCAGCCCGGUGGGAGCCCGAGGGAGGCCCAACGGCUCUGUCACCAAAUCACUGGGAGGUUUGAUGAUUCCUGUUUUUUGCGUGGUGGAGCAGCUGGACAAUUCUUUUGAAUAUGAUAACCGAGAAGAGCAUGCGGAGUUUGUUCUGGUUCGGAAAGAUGUGCUUUUUAGUCAACUGGUGGAGACUGCACUGUUGGCUCUUGGAUAUUCUCACAGUUCUGCAGCUCAGGCACAAGGUAUAAUCAAACUCGGGAGAUGGAAUCCCCUUCCCCUCAGCUAUGUGACAGAUGCACCCGAUGCGACAGUUGCCGACAUGCUGCAAGAUGUCUAUCAUGUCGCGACGCUGAAAAUUCAAUUACAAAGUUGUUCAAAGUUGGAAGACCUGCCGGCAGAGCAGUGGAACCACGCCACAGUCCGCAACGCCUUAAAGGAGCUGCUCAAGGCAAUGAAUCAGAGCACGUUAGCCAAAGAAUGCCCUCUCUCUCAGAGUAUGAUCUCCUCCAUUGUAAACAGCACCUACUACGCCAAUGUGUCAGCAACCAAGUGCCAGGAGUUUGGGAGAUGGUAUAAAAAGUACAAGAAGAUUAAAGUCGAAAGAGUUGAAAGAGACAACCUGUCAGAAUAUUGUGUCCUGGGUCAGCGUCCCAUGCACUUACCAAAUAUCAACCAACUGGCAACCUUGGGCAAAACAAAUGAACAGUCUCCUCACGGCCCCAUUCACCACAGUACUCCAAUCAGAAACCAAGUGCCACCAUUGCAGCCAAUCAUGAGCCCCGGUCUUCUUUCACCUCAGCUCAGCCAACAGCUUGUUACGCAGCAGAUAGCAAUGGCUCACCUAAUUAACCAGCGGAUUGCAGUUAGCCGACUACUGGCUCAUCAGCACCCACAGGCUAUUAACCAGCAGUUUCUAAAUCAUCCACCCAUCCCUAGAACCAUCAAGCCUGAGCCAACAAACUCCUCAGUGGAAGUCUCUCCGGAUAUCUACCAGCAAGUCAGAGAUGAGUUGAAGAGGGCCAGCGUCUCCCAAGCUGUGUUUGCAAGAGUGGCUUUCAAUCGCACCCAGGGAUUGCUAUCAGAGAUUCUGCGAAAAGAAGAAGACCCUAGAACAGCCUCCCAGUCCCUUCUGGUAAACCUGAGGGCCAUGCAGAAUUUCCUCAACCUGCCUGAGACAGAACGAGAUCGUAUAUAUCAGGAUGAGAGGGAGAGGAGUAUGAACUCCAGUGUGAGCAUGGUGUCUUCGGCCGCCAGCAGUCCAAGUUCCUCCAGAACCCCCCAGGCCAAAACCUCGACACCGACAACAGACCUCCCCAUUAAGGUGGAAGGAGCCAACGUCAACAUCACAGCUGCCAUUUAUGACGAGAUCCAGCAGGAGAUGAAAAGGGCCAAGGUGUCUCAGGCUCUGUUUGCCAAAGUGGCGGCCAACAAAAGUCAGGGUUGGCUCUGCGAGCUGCUCCGCUGGAAAGAAAACCCAAGCCCCGAAAACCGCACCCUUUGGGAAAACCUCUGCACCAUCCGGCGCUUCCUGAACCUCCCCCAGCACGAGCGCGACGUGAUCUACGAAGAGGAGUCCAGGCAUCACCACAACGAGCGCAUGCAGCACGUUGUCCAGCUCACCCCGGAGCCUGUGCAGGUUAUUCAUAGACAGCAAUCGCAGCCCGCCAAGGAGAACUCACCUCCAAGAGAAGAAGCCCCACCCCCACCUCCAGAGGACGCGUGCACCAAAAAAACGAGGUCCCGUACUAAGAUUUCUUUGGAGGCCUUGGGCAUCCUUCAGAGUUUCAUCCAUGACGUUGGCCUCUACCCAGACCAGGAGGCGAUCCACACUUUAUCUGCUCAGUUGGAUCUGCCUAAACACACCAUCAUCAAAUUCUUCCAGAACCAGCGUUACCAUGUAAAACAUCACGGGAAGCUAAAAGAGCACUUGGGGACUGUGGUGGAUGUGGCAGAAUACAAAGAUGAGGAGCUUCUGACUGAGUCAGAAGAGAAUGACAGUGAGGAAGGCUCUGAGGAAAUGUACAAGGUGGAAACGGAAGAAGAGAACCCUGACAAAAGCAAGGCAAUGACUUCAGAAACUGACCAGAGAUAAUGUGAAACCCCUCCAGACAAAGCAAUACAUUAUUCCGACUUCUUUGGGGUGUGGGGGGAGCAGGGCUUUGGGUUUUCUAAAAGUGUUUGUUUUUUCCAGUGUGCAUCGACGAUGAUAUGCAAAUUGAACAAUUAUUUUGCAUAGCCCAUCCAGACAUUCCCUUAGGCACUCGAGUGUUAACACUUCUUUAUGUUUGAGACAAUGUUAAUUGUAAUUCACAUGGUUAACCUUGCACUUAUCAAAGGAACCUCUAGCAAGUUACAAGAUGGAACAGACCAAUGAAAUCAAUGAAGGAAAUGGCUGUGUGGGUGUGUAUAUGUAUAUAUUUACACAUAUAUGUAUAAAUAUAUGUAAAUAUAUAUGUAUAUAUAUAUAUAUAUGUGAAAUUUGCAUGGGACGUAACUUUACAAUCUGAAAGUAUAGACUGUGAAAUGAGCCCGUUGAAGUUGAGUCGUGUUUGUGUAUUGAAAAGAAAAACCACUUCACAAUGAGUUGCUUUGGCUUUUAGAUAAAACUGCUGCCUCAGGGUGUGGUGACUAUUUUGGAAGACCUAUUUAUUUUCUGUGUUCAUCCCUGAUCUUUUUAUUAAUUAUUAUCGUGGCUUCCUCUCUGGCAGCUUGAUAGGUAAUUUUUGAGGUAUGAAUUUGAAACGUAGAUCAACACUGCCAAACCAAAAAAAAACCAAACAAACACAAAAAACUCGAAACUGAGGAAGAAGGAAAAAAUGUGGGGGAAGAGAAAUCAGGGCACCUUAAAAAAUAAAAUAAAAUUCCUGACCUAAGUAAGUUUUUUUAAAAAACCUCAGUCCACAAUGCACAUUUAAAGCAACAAAGCAAGUUUGUUUGGUUCGUCACCUUAUUCAACAGAUGGAUUUUUGUGGACUUUUUUUUGUGGGAAAUGCAGAGGACUUAAGACUUGUCCACUGAUGACGUCUUUGUGAAAAGUGGUUCUAUGGAGAUUUAUUCGAUGGAAUGUCACAUCAAGCCAUGCUUUGCAGUGGUGUUGUUUUCCAAAGGAGCAAACUGCCCACCUCUUGCCACACAGAUUCCAUUCACUUCUGUGGGGCUUGUGCAUCCGGAGUGCUUAUUUAUUUGCUCCCCUUAUUUCUUUUCAGGCGUUAGUGUUUAGAGACUGUUUACGAUACACGUCAGAGUUGCUUUUCAGUAAACACUUUCCCAAAUCACAACUCUCAGCAUGGGGCAAACUUGACUGGUUCUUUGUCAGCGAAAGGCUUUCCAGGACCGAAAUCCCCACUAUACCUCUCUCUCGUUUCUCCUACAUGGAUCCUCACGCUUCAGAUUAAUUAUCUCAGUGGGACAAGCGGUUCUUAGCCAGCCAUCUCCGAAGGUACGGGCGUCGCCACAGUGCAUGACGGACUCGGUGGGAACACGCACUCUGAGCUUGCGGCCACCCUAGGAAGCAGAGGAGUCAGGGUUUCCGUGUCAUCGCUCCCUCAUCUUUUCCCAGUGACCUAGCACAACAAUCCCAUUGCAUAAAGCAGAAUGAACCCUGAGCGAGUUUUCGGUAGUACGAGCAUUCAAGCUGCAAUGGGCUCCCACGGGUUUUUGGAGCUGUGUGACACCAGCCGGCUCACUCUUCGACUUCUGCAGAGUUAUUUUUCAGCGGAUAUCUUUUUACUCGUUUGCUAGGCUUUUUUUCUUUUCUUUUUGGACAUCUGCUUUGUAACUUUUUUUUAAACAAAGACCUCAUGCAAUAUCACUUGGAAAGCUACGUUAACGUUUUCUUCUUGCACAGGCAUUGUAAUAUAACUGUUAAAUACUAUUUAUAUAUUUUGAAAGGUAUAAAAGGCAGGCAUUAAAACCAACCUCUGUAUAGGUAAUCACUCCAAAAUGUUUAACAGCAUACAGGGAGAAGAUAAGUUGCAAUACAAGCUAAUUCUAGCUGCUCAGUAACCUCUGGAGUUUUUAAAAAAGGGACUUUUCCACAAUCGAUAUAUUGAUGCCCACAGUGUACCUGCAUACAUUUCAUAUACCCUAGAACGACAAUGUUGGCUUGCUCACUUUUUAAACUUCCUCCUUUCCUCUGUAGUAUGCUGCAGUUUUAAUCGAAGUUCAGUAGGUGCUGCUUUACGCUCUCUGAGUUACUCCUUUUCCAACUGUUAAUCUGAAACUCUUGCUGAAAUCACUACAUUUAUGUAAUAUCGGUCAAGCUCUCAUAAGGUUAUUCAUCUCUUUGGCAUCAGCCUAUUGUUUUUUUUUAAAACACUUCAACCAAAAAAUUUAGUAGGUAUUUUUUUUCCGAUGCUGAGUCUUGCCUUUAUUAUUAUUAUUAUUAUUUUUAAAAAAUUCACUGCCAAUUUUGCAGUGGUUCUUUGAAGUAAAUCUGUGGGCAUUUUCGCCUGUGGUCUUGCCAGAACUUUGCGAAUUACAAUGCAUAUAUGUCUAUUUAUUCAAUAUUCAUCAUAUAAUAUCUAUUUGGAAAAAGAAUCUUUUCUUGUAGUGCCUCUUAACAAAGCACAAUUUUCCGCCUUUUUGUGAAAUAAGAAAACUUUAAAAAAAAAUUGUGUUAUUGCGGUAUCAACAAUGUGAAUGAGGAUUAACAUAUUGUAAAUGUUCUUUUUCCAUGUAAAUCAACUUGAUCUUCGUUAUCACUAAGUGAUAAUUAAAUUUUAACUUAUGUGCAUUGUUAGUCUGUUAGAAUUUUUUGGUUGUUGAAAUAAAACACAUUCAGUAAAUGA